CUACAGGCAGAUCACAGCUCUGGUCUGGAGUAUGAAGACCGGCGACGAUAGUUUGUUUACAUUAGCCGUGUUGUAAUGAUGUGUAUUGAACUAGUAUUGGUGGUCUGCGUUGACGGGACUGUUGGUGUGUUGUCAUAUGAUGAGGAUUAGUUUUCUUGGACAUUCUUGAGAGUUCGGAUAGCGGAGGAAAUAGUGAGGUUUACGUUUAUCCACUCUAAUCUAAGAAAAAAGGAAGGACAAUUUCGGCUACAGUUGCUAAACCUAUCACCAAAUGCUCGUCGUAGAAUGUGAGGUGAAAAAAUCUCUUGAAAUUUUAGAUUUCGUUUCUAUCAAAAUGUCGUGUGCCUCAUCUGCUACACGGCCCACUCCAGUCCAGAUUCUGGAACUCUUUGUUGAGUAGGACGGGGAGGUAAUUCCACUAGGUCGGUCAGCCGAUGGACGAGGAAACCGAUAUUAACGCCAACAGACGCAGUCAGUACCUGCCUUUAAUCCCGAGAGCCGGGGGUCCUGAACUUGAGCCCGGGGGCCCCAGGUUUGGGCCCCUUGUCGCGUCUCGCCUUACCUUCAACGUGGGCGGCGUUGUGUUCCAGACACAGGUGGGCUCGACCAAACGUGGGGCUAACAAAAACUUGAAGCUGAGUGACAAGCACUUCCUGUCUAGCCACUAUGACGAGGCGAGGAAAGAAUAUUUUUUCGACCGUGACCCGGAAGUGUUCCGUUGCGUCCUUAACUACUGGAGGUCAGGCAAGCUUCACCUCCCUUCUUCAAUGUGUGGCCCCCAGAUGAAGGAGGAGCUGGAGUUCUGGGGCCUGAAGGAGGUGGACAUCGAGCCCUGUUGCUGGAACACCUACAACACCUGGAUGCAGACCAUGACGUCACUCAAACAGCUCGAGCGGGACCGACGCCCCGCCUACUACACGACGGACAGUGUCCCUGACCUAGUACCCACCACGCGCUGUCGGCGUCACAUGGCCUCUGUCUGGAACAUUCUGACCGACCCUUCCUAUUCCAGGGCAGCUAAAGUGUACGCGUACCUGGCCAUCGUCUUCGUGGUGCUCGCCAUCUUCUCGUUCUGCGCCUCCACCCACCCGUUCUUCCACGUCCACCCCAGCCGCGAUCUUAACUCCUCCCACCUCGCCAACACCACGCCUUACGACGUCACAGACACGCCCUCGCAGCACAUAUCACAUCUCUACAACACGUCAACCACCCCCACCACGGCGACAAGAGCGCACCAAGGCAUACACUUCACCGGAAGGGCCGCGUUCAUCCACCCGGCUCUUGUUGUCAUUGACUACGUGUGUCUGACAUUCUUCACCAUCGAGUAUCUCCUCCGAUUAAUCUGUGCUCCAAAAAGUUGGAAAUUCGUCAUCAGUGUCAUUGCCGUCAUCGAUUUACUAGCCAUCCUGCCGGAUUACAUUGAACUCGUCGUCUCUAUAGUCCAUCCGGAAAUCGCAACACCGCAUGCCAUCAUGGAGUUCAUUCCCCUGCUUCGUUUAAUGAGGGCAUUCCGCAUCUUCCGGUUGAUCCGUCGUGUGCCCGGACUCUGGAUUAUGAUGUACACACUAAAGGCCAGCUACAAGGAGCUGUCCCUCAUGUUGAUGUUUUUAUUAGUCGGUACUUUGCUUUUCUCUUCCGUCAUUUUUUUCGUCGACGACACGGCCGUGUUCAACAGCAUUCCGCACGGGUUCUGGUGGGCCAUCGUCACCAUGACAACGGUGGGCUACGGCGACAUGACCCCGACGACGGCCUUGGGUCAGCUGGUGGGGUCGGUGACGGCCAUCUGUGGGGUGCUGAUCAUCGGGUUCACGAUCCCCGCCCUGGUCAACAACUUCAUCACCUACUACAACCACGUGGAGUUUGUCGUCCAGAAGGAGUUUCUCCUGGCCGAGCAGGCGGCGAUCAAGACGUCAGAGGCUAGACAGGACGCCGCCAGUUUCACAUUCGACACGGACAGGGAGAGUUCGGAGGAUUAACUCAUUAAUUAAACUACUCGCUGGUCAAUCGCCUGAGGAUUAACUCAUUAAUUCAACUACUCGCCGGUCCAUCGCCUGAGGAUUAGCUCAUUAAUUAAACUACUCGCUGGUCAAUCGCCUGAGGAUUAACUCAUUAAUUCAACUACUCGCUGGUCAAUCGCCUGAGGAUUAACUCAUUAAUUAAACUACUCGCUGGUCAAUCGCCUGAGGAUUAACUCAUUAAUUCAACUACUCGCCGGUCAAUCGCUUGAGGAUUAGCUCAUUAAUUCAACUACUCGCUGGUCCAUCGCCUGAGGAUUAACUCAUUAAUUAAACUACUCGCUGGUCAAUCGCCUGAGGAUUAGCUCAUUAAUUCAACUACUCGCUGGUCAAUCGCCUGAGGAUUAACUCAUUAAUUCAACUACUCGCUGGUCAAUCGCCU